AAAAAGGCAUCAGUUAUCUGGAAGCCUCCAUCACGUUUUUGCUAUCGAUCUAUUUUCCUCUUUCUCUCGCCAGUCGCUGUGAACCCUCUCGAAUCAACAAAUUUCUCUCGCUCUCCUCGCACACAAAUCCAAAACCAAAGAACCCAAUCCAAAUCGCUCUUGCUCUCACUCGAAUCAACAAAUUGCUUUUAUAAUUCAUGAUUUGUUGCGUGGCUUCUAGAGAACUGAGAGAGAGAGAGAGAGAGAGAGAGAGAGAGAGAGACCUGCGUUUUGGAGGAAGACCUCCAUCCAUCUGGUUUUGUUUUGAGAUCGAUCUCAAUUAUUUAGGGAUUGCUGAUAGGUUUUCCAUUCGAUCGAGAGCACCUGAUUUUGGAACCAGUUUGCAGUCAGAUUCCUUGAAUCUUUUGGAUCCAGUGAGUGCCCACAAACAUAGAAUUAUCUCUACUGAUUUUGCUGGUUUUCUGUUAAGGGAAAGAGAUACAUUGAGUCCGCAACUUUGAUCGUGACUCUUUGACAGCCCGUUAGCUUUGUCUCCGUCAAUAGUGCGAAGAUUAUAUGCAAAAAACUUUUGGCAACAUUUUUCUGCUGCUGUUCCUUUGUCUGCUGCUCAAUAUUAUCUUGGUUUUGUAUUGUUAUUCAGAUUUGGGGAACAGUUUGCAGUCAGAUUCCUUAAUUGUUAUUGAUCCAGUUAUGCUGCCGAAUAUUGGAACAACAAAAGGAAAAAGAUCCUUGCAACAGAGGGAUCAUUACAUUAAGUCAGAAAGAUGGAAGCAAGUAUCUCAACAAGACCCGGUGGAAGGGGAAGAGAUUGUGCAGAUCAACAAUGAAGAAAUCGAUCAUCAAGCUAAAUCAAGAACAUCAAAAAGAAGAAAACAAGUAUCUCAACCAAUAACGACAAGAGAGAAUCAGCUUGGGGAAAUGAGCAAUCAGAAUGUUCACAUAAUGGAAGAUCGUGAUCAACGAGAGGUUGUUCAUAUCAGAGAUGAAUAUCAACAUUCAUACGGUCAAGCAUCAUAUCAAAGAAGUAAACAAGGAUCCACCAUUGCAUAUGAAGAUUCAAGUGACAAUAUUUACACAUGUGAUUAUUGCAGUGCAUGUUUUUGGUUUGAUGAAGAUAUUAAACAAACAUCUACAAGAAUAUCACCUAUCUACACAAAUUGUUGCAAAAAAGGACAAAUCAAACUUCCAAAGCCAAAACCAACUCCUGAUUUUCUUAAAACACUAUUGGAUCCAAAUAAUGGUUCAGAAAGUAAACUUUUUAGAGAAAACAUCAGAGUUUAUAAUUCAAUGUUUUCUUUUACAUCUAUGGGAGCAACGAUUGAUCAUCGAAUAAAUACUGGAUCAGGUCCUUAUGUUUUCAAAAUCAGUGGUCAAAUGUUUGCACAAUAG